AAGUGCAGUUUCUGAUAACACAUUUGCAUCAGAAACACACGCACACACAAGAGAUGACUACGAGAGGACAACAAAAGGCUUUGAAGGCGGCGAUGGCUAUGAUGGGACUAUGCCUUGCAGUGUACAUUGUGGGCCCUCCUCUUUACUGGCACCUCUCUGAUAUUUUAGUAGACGCUCUUCGGUCUUCUUCUUCUUUUUCUUCUUCUUCUUCUUCCUUGAAUUGCCGUCCCUGCCCCUGCGAUUGUUCUUCGCAACCCCUCCUCUCUCUCACUGACGGUUUGAGCAACAGUUCUUUUACAGACUGUAUGAAGCAUGAUCCUGAGGUAAGUGAGGAGAUGGAGAAAAGCUUUACAGAUCUGUUAUCAGAGGAACUGAGGCUGAAAGAGGCAGAAGCUUUGAAAACGCAACAUCGUGCAGAUGUAGCAUUGUUGGAAGCUAAGAAAAUGGCAUCCCAGUAUCAGAAGGAGGCAGACAAGUGCAAUGCAGGGAUGGAGACUUGCGAGGGGGCGAGAGAAAGAGCUGAAGCCGCAUUAGAAGCACAGAGGAAGCUUAGUGCAAUGUGGGAACUAAGAGCUCUUCAGAGAGGAUGGAAAGAAGGCACUGCAAGGGCUCUUUUUUUUUAAAUGACAAAUUUUUGUCUUCGUCCUCUUUUUUCUGCUCUCUAUCAAGGCCAGCCAAUUAAUUUUUUUGCUCAAUUUUGCUCUGAACCAUUUAUUUGCAAUGUAUUGGUAUAUUACUUUUGUUAAGUGGCAGAAUGAGGCCUUGCUGCU